UCCUGUUGCAGAGUUGUGUAGUACAAGAAACCUUUUUGCACUUUCAUACAUAGUCUUUUUCCAGUGAUUGUCUCAACAGAGAAGUGGAGUGAAACAAUUCCUAAUGUAUCUACCCAUUGUCAAAGAAGAAGAAGAAGACAGUGUUGCAGAAUAUUAUCAACAACAAGUGGAAAUGCUUGAGGGAUUUAAUGCAAUGGAUUCCUUAGCUGAUCAUGGUUCUGCACCAGGAAUGUCAAAGGAAGAGAGAGAACAAUUGGCCAAAAGUGAAGCAACUGUCAUAAGGAUAUCAAAUAUUGCAAACAUGGUUCUCUUUGCAGUUAAGGUUUAUGCAUCUGUUCGGAGUGGUUCUCUGGAGAUUGUUGCAUCAACAUUAGACUCGCUCCUUGAUCUUUUAUAUGGUUUUAUAUUGUGGUUUACGUCUUUCUCCAUGAAGAAGCAAAAUCCAUAUAAGUAUCCUAUUGGAAAGAAACGUAUGCAACCUUUGGGAAUACUUGUUUUUGCAUCUGUUAUGGCGACUUUGGGACUACAAAUAAUUUUGGAGUCUAUUCGAACGCUGAUAUCUAACAAGCGUGAUUUCAAGCUUACAAAGGAACAAUAGUUCUGGGUAGUUGGCAUUAUGGUUUUUGUAACUAUUGUGAAGCUAGUUUUGGUACUCUAUUGUCGAUCCUUUACCAACGAGAUUGUCAAAGCAUAUGCCCAAGACCACUUCUUUGAUGUUGUCACCAACGUCAUAGGUCUAGUUGUUGCAUUACUUACUAACUACGUAAAAGGAUGGAUGGACCCUUCUGGAGCUAUU